CUUCACAGCAAGACUAGAAGAUCUUUAAGUACUCUCUAACACGAAGAAAAUGUCUGGGAGCCCGGGAAGCGAUGCGGCAGAUCGCCCAAGAAGAGUACCUCGUUCCCCAUUCUCCCGCAUCCAAUGCUGGCGAGCCUCAGCCUGAUGUCCCCGAAGGAGGAGCACCCGAAUACCAAGGGAUCUAUGCUCCCCACUCGCCCUGGAGAGACGAGGUGGCAAGGAUAGGCGAGGAAGCUUGGGUUGAGGAGACGGUGGACGAUGAGAUUACACGGGGACCGAGGCAGAUCCUCCGACUUUCUAGAAGAAGACGAGGAGCUGAAAACUCCGAGGGCGUAUCUCAGCCUGCCACCGCCUCAUCCACCAUACGUCCGCUGCUCCAGUCUAAGCCCAAACCAUCACGUGGUUUAUAUGGAGCCGACGAAAGACUGGAAUCCUGCGUGGCAUUACAGUCUGGUUGGUAAGAGCCUUCCUGCGAAGACGAUCCUGAAGUGUGUUUUCGACUUCCGGAACUUGGAGCAAAACAUCCUCCAGUGCCGGAUGUUGCAGCCAGAGGAUGAGGAGGCCGAUCGGCUCACCUGGCUGUACAGGGAAUGGGUCCGUUCCGUCAUCUGUCUCCGGCUCACGAAGCGGUGGCUGGAAAUGGACGAGAAGACGCGCACUGACGAGAUCGCGUUCGUUGCUACCCGGGUAGAAGAACUGGAAAUGGAGCCCUGGGAGUACCUCGCCACAUGGCUCGCUUCGUACCGCACAUGGAUGAAGCAAGAGCACGAGCUCCUGAGCAACGCAAUACGGACCGAUCCGAAGCGGCGACGAGCAGGGGAACGACCGACUGUUCACCAGUUGAGGCUCGGUGCGCAGUUGGAGGAGCGGAAACAUCGGAGCCAGCUCUGGCAUAUGCUCCAUGAUGAAGACAUCUAGAAGAAAGAUGUCAAGCAUCGGUUGGACAAGGCGUGGUAUGCGCUGAAGCAGUCGUGUCUGGAGAAUGGCAUGAUCGAUCUUGAUACCCUCCGAGAGGCAUGACCACCCGAAGUAGAGUUUGACGGCGCAACGCUUGACGAUGCAAUCGGAUGCUUUUCUUCUUCGUAGGCGAAGGGUAGACGAGAUAAUGAUUACGCGAAACGAAUAGAAACUAUG